UAUCCUUGAUUCUAACAAUCCUCAUUGCUGCAAUAAAACCUGAGAGGGCAAUUGGCCAAUUUACCAAUUGCAGGUGGACACUGCCUUUAUUGCCAGAGAGCUGUGGCCGGCGUCACUGGAAGACGUGCCUAAUUGUAUUCGGAUAUGCGGUGGAUUCUGUUAAUCGCAGUUGCAGCGUUCGCUGUUAGAAGCGAGGAAGAUAUACUUAUGAAAAAUCUAACCACAGUAACAUGGGCGCAUGCCGUGAACAACAAGACAUAUCUACAGGCAGCUUUAGCUAGCAACGUCUCCAUGUUGGAAGCGGACAUAGUCCUGGGCCAUGUGUCAGGGUCUGAAGGUCCACCGAUCCCGAUCAUGGCGCACCCCCCGGCCACCUCAUCAGACCUGUCUCUGGCAGAGUUCCUGUCAACAGUCCAGGAAGCCAACAGGGGGAAGUCAAAGCCUAAGGGGGUCAAACUGGACUUCAAGUCGAUAGAAGCGUUUGAGAAGUCUCAGGAGCUUAUCGGGCAGUACACUAAACCUGAGGUCAACUUCCCAAUAUGGCUGAACGCCGACAUCUUACCCGGGCCUGUGGAAGCAACCACCAAGCCGGUAGACGCCGAGAGGUUUCUCAAGCUUGGAGCCACUCAUCCCAGGACCGUGCUGUCCAUAGGCUGGACUACGAGGUUUGGGGGGAACAUCACGGAGGGAGAAUACAGCAGAGAGCACAUAGGGACAAUGCUGAGAAUGAUACACGAGAACCAUGUCAACCAGACUGUCACUUUUCCUGUCCGCGCCGGCCUCGCAUCCAACAGCCAGCCAGUCCUGCUAGACCUCCUUCGGGAGACUUCCUCCCUCAACUCCUCAAUGACAGUGUGGUCUAGCGAGGGCGACGCCGUGGAGACCGACCGCCUCCGGGCGCUGAUCCUGACCGUGGGUCUGGAGAGAACAUACCUGGACGUCCCCGAGGAGCUGUCCACGAGGCUGCACCUGCCGCCCGCUGAUAAGGUUAAGAAUUGAUGUACUUUAGACUCGUUAUUUAAAUAAAUCUGAUGGUUUUUCGA